GAUAAAAACAAUUGAAAAUAUUUCUCUACACACACGCACAAAUACAAACUCAUGUCUUUAAAUAUAUUUCUGUUUCCAGGCCAAAUUACUUAAACGUGUUUUUCUCUUAUGGAACAUCUAUGCAAAUUAUUUUUUUUGGAUUUGUGCGAGGUGAUGGGGAGGCCAUUAAAAUCCUCAGAAAUGACAGAUAUCCCUAACACGGCAUCCUGCUUCGAGCCCGUGGAGUGUCUUAGCUAUACCAUCCGGCAUAAGUAUCCCAAACGACUGGUCACCUACGAUGCGGAGGAGCUAUGCGAGUCACGACUCAUACGCUACUCGGAUCUGACCGAAAGCGUCAUGGACGUCAUGAAGCCAGUCUGCCAAAAGCAGCAUUUGAAAAAGAGAGACAAGGAUAAGACUGGCAAGACUAAUGAUAAGGUCCGGGAACUUAUAAAAAAAUCCUGCAAGCCGCUCAGCGCCUGCGAAAAGUUAACGGAGCAACAAAUACAGCAGCUGGAGCGGUGCGGCAAGGAGCUGCACCAAAUUACAGUUAGUCGUCUGUGCGCGGGCGACGAUCAGAGAACGAAGCCCACCUGGCAGAGCCUAAAACCCAUCCAGAAGUUCUGCUUCUAUUGGCAGGCGCUAACUGGCCACGAGCUGCGGCCAACGCCCUACGAGAACUUCAAGGAAAUCUUCAUGAGGCGCUAUGUGAAGGAAUGCCCACAGGCCAGUGUGCGGCGCCUGCGCACCGUGGUGCAGCGCACCUGGCGGCGCAUGAAGGGUGAGCAGCGUGUGCCCUUCAAUCUGUACGCGCUGCUCUACCAUGUCAGCACCGGAGCUGUGGAUCCCUUCGAUCAUUGUGCCGUGCGUGUGCUAUUGAAUCGCUGGCGCUGACCUUGGAACAUUUUUUUGGGCCUUUGGCUCGGUGUGUUUGUUUGUGGCCGCAUUAAAGUGUCUGUCAGGCAGCUGAAGAAAAUUUGAUUUUGAUUUUAAUUUCGCAAUUUUAUACAAAACAGAUGCUGGACAAUUUAACCAUAUGCGAUCUA